UGCAAUUGAUAACGCGCGGAAGUCAACGGUUUAACUGGUUACGAACGAGCGAAGUGGGCACUUUUGUUCACCAAAAAAGGUGCCAGAGCCCGCUCAGUCCAUCCUCACACGAGACGAUGAUGUACCUUUUCCUUACGAUUGCGUUGCUCCUCCAGGGCGGGCGUUCCAUGGACUAUCAGAACGCUCCCAAUUACAAUUUCGGCCCGAGGGGAACUGUCAGAGUUGGUGCGCCAUGCCUGAGGGAUUGGCACUGCAUACAAAAAGCAUUCUGCCGGUUUCAAAAUACCUGUUCGUGCGAGACCAACUACUCUCCUUCGGCGGAUGGGUCAACAUGUCACGCAGUUACCGGCACCUUCUGCACAAACAACAGGCAUUGCAUGACGAUGUCCAACGCGGAGUGCAGUCAGGGCGCCUGCCGGUGUCAAAGUAAUUAUUUUGCGGAUAUCAAGAACGCUUCCAAUUGCAUCAUAAGACCAACAAAGCCCGGCGAUUUUUGCCAACGUCCCGACGACUGUGACACCCUGCUCAGGGCCACAUGCGAAGCCGGACAAUGCAGGUGCUACCCGGAUCAUCGAUACACCAAUGAAACGAGGAAUUGUGUUGAAACUCGAGGCAUUUAUCAGCCCUGCACGUUUAAUUACCAGUGCUAUGACUCGCAGAAGCCUGACGCUCUCUACUGCCAGAAUGGAAACUGCGCGUACACACCGAAAUACCUCGAUUCGGCGGCAGCUUCAGGCUCCCCCGGUCUAUCGUCCACUGCCGCCGGAAUUAUCGCAUUGUUGACGAUUUCCUUGAGCAGGCUGAAUUACUUCUAGGAUAACAAUAACAAUUCAAUUCUUUGCAUUCGUAAUUAGGAAAGACAGACUGAUGUUCACUCACUAUCUAUCCCCUGCAUUAUCUUUUAGUUUAACGAAACUUGGAAUAUUUCUUUCUAUUUUUGAAUUUCAUAUCUUGAAACUAAGAUUGUGCAAAAGAGAUGAUUUUUUCUUGAACUUAUUAUAUCGAAAAAAAAAUACGAGUAAAAAGUGAAAAGUAUCAGAAUCUCUCCAAAACUUGUUCUUUAUUUUACAUACCUUUGUGUACGACAUUAACAACUAUUACCCACCACAAUGUCUCGUGAUUUAAAUAAAGUACAUCGAUCCUCCGAGAAAAUCAUGAAUUGACAGAUAGAAUUCAGUAGUGAAGGGGUAAACCGAGUAAAGUCGAUUUUCACUAGCCAGUUUUUGCUGAAUAUCUCGAAAUCUAAGAGAGAUAGCAGAAUUUUUCUCAUGACUUUUUU